AUGGAUUAAACAUCAAAUAAAAACUAAAGUUAAGUAGAAAUACCUUGCGAAUGCAAGUAUGAUGUUGAAUCAUCUUAUUUAAAUAUAGAAAGUAGCAGAGAAGAUGACUUGUUCUAUUGCUAUAAUUGUGCUCUUAUGGAUAACAACAUGCCAAAAUAUUUAUUAAUAAAUAUUUUAUAAAAUGAAAAGAAACAAUUUCUUUUGAAUUGGCCUCAUCUAGAUGAUAAAGAGUUAGUCUAACAAAUAAGAGAAUUUUCUUUUUAAUAAAAUUCUAAAUAGUAAGUAAUGCUAUAAAUUGAAAACUUUUUUAAAGAUUUUAUAACAGAAUUUACUGAGGUUUUAGGCUAAAAACAAAAAAUAAUCCUAAAUAACUAAAAUUUGAUUAAUGAAGACAUUUAGAAAUUGCUUGACUUUUACAAAGAAACAGCUUAAUUAGAAGAUAUAAACAAAAUUAUAUAAAACUAAAGCUCCUCUAAGCAACAAAAAGCUAAUUAAAUCUUAUAAAUAAUUAAUAACAAAAAAAAUGACUCAAAAGAUAAUACUAAUAAAAUAAGAUUAAUGAUUGAUAAAAUUAAUUAGCAACCAAAAGUUAAUUUAGAAACCUUAAAUUAAUAUAAACAAUCUAUUAUAUCUCAGAUUUAAUUAAUUGAUAAUAAGCAUUUCGCAGAUUUGAAAGCUAUCUCUGAAAAAAAUUUCUUGAAUGCUUAAUCUAUCCAAAAAAUAAAAAGCGAAAAUAAUACUGAAUUAAUAAAAAAUGGUAAUUUAGACAUAAUCUUGUAAUUGAUCUCAAACAAAACAAAUUUUUGUACCUAAAAAUACACAGAUUCUCUUUAAUUUGAACUGUUAAAGCUUUAAGAAGUAAUUAAUGCACUUAAUAUUGAAAAAGAUGUCUACGUAAAUGGGAAAAAGUAGAUUAACUUCAAUAAUUUUAAUGCUAACUAAAUUGAAGAUAUUGAAAUACUUUGCUUAAAAAUUGAAGAGUUAAAUUCCUAGUUAAAAUAAUAAUAAGAAUAGGGAUAAAAAGGUGAAAAUUCUGAUCUUUUCAAAUAACUACAGCCCUCAUCAGAUUUGAUUGCAAAUAAUAUUGACAAAGUAUAUGAUUGCAUUGAUAAAUAAAAAAAAGAAAAGAUAAAAUAGCUACUGAGAAAGUAUCCAAUAUUUGAGAUUGAGUAAAUCAUUAAAGUAAUACCUUAUAAAUUUAAAAUUGAUAUUAGUAAUUGGUAGGAUUUUAAUUUGAGUGGUAGAUUAACCUAAGAUAAUAAUGGAAAUUAAAAGUUAGAAACAGUUUAGCAAAAGCAUUUUAUUUCAUAUAUUGAGAUUAAAUAAAAUAGCUUAUAUAAAAUGGUAAUUGAGUUGAAGUUACUAAAUAAGCAUUUAUUUAUCGGAUUAGUAGGUAAAUCUCACAAAGACAGUUAAUACAUUCACGAAUCCAGUUAAAUAAAUAGUUUUAUAGUUGGUAGCAAUUAUGGUGAUAGGGGAGUAAGCAAAGUAGUUAAAGGAAAGUGUUUAAGAGAUGUGAAUUAUCCAAAUGAAUACAAUCAAAUAGAAAUUACUUUUUGUGUAAAAAAUAAACUAUUCUAAGUGAGUGAUUAUCCAUUAAGAUAAAAUAUAAAUGGAAUUAAUGAUCACAGAUUGAAUUUAAUCAACUUAAACGAAUAAUAUUAUCUUGGAUUUGAAUUAUAUAGCGAAGGAGAUUCUUUGACUAUUUUGAAAUUUGAUGAAAUAUAAAUAUAAGAUUGA